CCCCUCGUAUAUAACCAGGACCAGUACACCGUACAUGGGACAAGGCUGAAAAGGCAAACAUCCAUCGAGCUGAUCAACCAAGAAUCUAUAGCUAGCUAGCGCGUCCAGGUCUCGGCAGAAGCAGGCGAUGGAGAGGAAGCCGAAGAAGCACGCGAGGACCAGGAGCGGCGCCCUGGCGUCCUUCCUCAGGUCCACGGCGGCCUCCUUCUCCUCCUCCACGGCCACCACCUUCGGCUCCCGCCCCGCCGGCGGCGGCAAGGCGUCCUUCAACCACCGCAACGCCUUCUCCGGCCCCAUGGUCUCCAUCGUGCCGCCCGAGGCGCGCGGCGGCGGCAGGAGGCGGGGCGGUAGUAAGCAGGGGGACGGCAGCGGGUACCGGACGCCGGAGGCCUCGUCGCCCAAGGUGUCGUGCAUCGGGCAGAUCAAGCGGAGCAAGUCCAAGACCAGCAAGGCCAGGAAGGCGGCAAAGAACGUCGCCCCCGCGGCGGCCUGCGGGAUGGACGGCGGUGCCUGCCCGAUGCCGGCGCGGCCGCCGGCCCACAGCAGGCCGAAGAGGUCGCUCGUCAGGCGGAUGUUCUCCCGACGGAGCAGGUCUCGGCCUUCGUCCUCCUCGUCGUCCCACAAGUCGAGCGGCGCUGCCGAUCUUUUCAAGGGGAGGCCGGGCAGCAGCGCCGCCGUGGCCGCUGCGCCGGUGUCGGGGCCGGGGAUGGCAGGGCUGGGACAGAUGAAGCGGUUCACGAGCGGGCGCGGCGCGUUCCAGGACUUCGACUGGAGGGAGGCGGAGAGGAGGGGUUCCGACGUCGACGUGGACGAUGAUUACGCGGACGACGGGUUCGUGGCGUUCUCGGCGCCGCUGGUGCUCGGCGGCGGGGUGGUGGCGUCGGAGCCCAGGAAGGAGGUGAACCUGUGGCGGCGCCGCCCCAUGUCCCCUCCCACUCCUCUGGAGCUCCCCUGAGCUGGCUGCCGCACAUGCACGCCAUGCCAAAUGUGUCGUCUGUUCUUUCUUUCAUUACGUAGUUUGUGUUGUACAGAGAAGCAGUAUACUUCUACGUGAUGCUCGUAGCACCAAGUAGUAUCGUUUUUUUUUUUUGCGGGGAAGUAGUAUCGGUUUGUUUUUGUAAAUGUGUGAUGAUCAUGUACUCUGGAAUGGGUUAAAGAAUUUUUUGAAAUCAGGCAGGAGUGAAAAGCAU